CUUAUUUGGCAUGGGCGAGUAAGAUAUCUGGCCUUUUUUCAAGAUAUCACGACAGCAGCCCACCCUCUUGUGGCCUUUUGUGAUCAGCAACAAAUGGUGAUGAGCCUGCGGGUUUCGGAGCUUCAAGUGCUGCUGGGCUACGCUGGGCGUAACAAACACGGACGUAAGCACGAGCUUGUAACAAAAGCAUUGCAUCUGGUAAAGGCAGGCUCGAGCCCUGCCGUGCAUAUGAAGAUCAAAGAGCUGUACCGCCGACGCUUCCCUGCAAAAAUGGUGUCUCACUCCGAGCUCUCCUUGCCCGGACCACAUCACCCAGCCACAGCAGGGCUGGUCGGAGGAGGUGGAGCUGCUUUGCCUGCUGGGCUGACACCGCUGGCAUACGAGGGCCACGCGGGUCACAGUGGAACCCCGUCACCCGCUGCCUUACUACCCCUUUCGCUACUCGGCCCUGGGAAGCAUGAGUUCACCGGGUUGACGCACCACCUGACCGCUGCGGUCCCACUACACCCCGUCCACCCAGAUGUGACGCUUCAGAGGUUGCCAUUUUAUGACAUGCUUGAUGAGCUCAUCAAGCCAACCAGUCUAGCUUCGGACAACAGCCAGAGAUUCCAAGAGACAUGCUUUGCCUUUGCAUUAACGCCACAGCAGGUCCAGCAGAUCAGCAGUUCAAUGGACAUCUCGGGGACCAAAUGUGAUUUCUCAGUUCAAGUCCAAUUGCGGUUUUGCCUGUCAGAGACAAGCUGUCCUCAGGAAGAUCAUUUUCCACCCAGUUUGUGUGUGAAAGUCAACGGCAAGCCAUGUAACCUGCCGGGUUAUCUUCCUCCAACCAAAAAUGGUGUCGAGCCGAAGCGGCCCAGCCGACCCAUCAAUAUUACCUCGUUGGUCAGAUUGUCCACGACAGUCCCCAAUACCAUUGUGGUGUCCUGGACUGCUGAGAUUGGGAGGAAUUACUCUAUGGCAGUGUACUUAGUGAAGCAGCAGUCAUCCACAGUGCUUUUACAGAGGCUUCGGGCUAAAGGCAUAAGGAAUCCGGACCACUCCAGAGCACUCAUCAAAGAGAAGCUAACAGCAGACCCAGACAGUGAAAUAGCCACAACUAGCCUUCGUGUGUCUUUGCUCUGCCCGCUCGGGAAGAUGCGGCUGAUGAUUCCAUGCCGGGCGCUGACAUGCUCCCACCUGCAGUGCUUUGACGCCACACUGUAUAUUCAAAUGAACGAGAAGAAGCCCACCUGGGUUUGUCCUGUUUGUGACAAGAAGGCGCCUUAUGAACUCCUCAUCAUUGACGGGCUUUUUGUGGAGAUCCUGAACAGCUGUACGGAUUGUGAUGAGAUCCAAUUCAAGGAAGAUGGAAACUGGGCCCCUAUGAGGACAAAAAAGGAGUUGCAGGAAGUCUCCUGUGCUGCUUUAAAUAGCAGCCUGAAUGGUCUUUGUGCGAUGACUGCAGGCUCAGAUCAGCAGAGCCCCUUGUCAGCCAAUCACAAUAACAGCGGCAACACCAAUAAAAUGGCGGUGAUCGACUUGACAUUAGACAGCUCCUCAGAGGACGAAGAGCAGGACACUCCGCCGCCGCUGCCACCGCCGCCACUGCCUCCGUUGCCUCCUCCCGCCAAACGAUCCUGUCCCUCCAUGUCCCCGACGUCUCCGCCUGUCCUCAACAAAGGGGUGUUGAACCUGCACCACCAGGCUUCCCCGGUGAGUCGCACUCCCAGCAUGCCAGCUGUGGACAGUAGCUACAUGCCUCCUGUCCCGCCGCUGAUCCAGGACUAUAGACCCUACUACCACACCACCAACGACCUUCCAGAUUUGAACUUCUUCUCUUUCCUGCAAGGUGACAAUCAUCAGCAUUACAACAUGGUGAUGGCGGCGGCCGCCGCCGCCUCCGCCUCAGAGGACCACGAGCUUCUGCUCAACCGCUUCCUCCCAUACAGCUCCUCCGGCUCCUCUGCAUCUUUAUUGACGCCGCCGACCAACGGGGCCGGCGGCUCCGGCAGCAGCAGUAGCAGUAGCAGCUUGGUGUCGUCUGGUAGCCUCCGGGACGCUCACUCCCUAUCCUCACACUCUCAUGGCGGGGUGCUGGCCGGCCGGGAGGCCGCGGAAGCGGCGGUGGCGGCUAUUUACGGCGGAAUUCCUGACGUUAUAUCAUUGGACUGACUCACAAAAAGCCAGGCCGCUGAACUGAAAUGCAGGGUAGAGAAGUGACUCACAAACUUGACAAGAAUCAAUCGACUUCAUCGGUGGAGUCGGAGUGUAAGAGGAGCAUCAGGAGGACUUGACGACAAUGUUGGCUCAACCAGUCGUGAAGGUCAGCUGAUCACAUGGACUUUAUCAGCUCCCAACCUGACACAGAGAGCGAAAAACACAAAGGAGGACAGUUUUCUUUUCUAAAUAUGACCACAAGUAGGGGCACCGUGUACAGAGAACAAAAUCUAUUUUCUCCUUUUACUUUUGUAUGGUCAAUGGGGACAUCCAAGCUAAUGAGCUGCUUCAACUGCUGUUUUUGACCACGUUAUAGUUUGUAGUCCAUACAUCAUGUGUGGUGGCCCCUGCCUUGUGUAUCCUGGUUUAAAACUCCUCACUGCAUCUAUCCCCCUUAAAUCUCCUACAGUCAGUUCUCCCUGAAGCUUAUAAAUACAUACUGCUUUUUACGCAAUAUGCAUUCCUUUACAUGUUCAGGUCACCCUGUUUGUGUGAUAGGGAGUGUGCAGGCGGUGCGGCCGUAUGUGAAUUAUCAUUUUCACUCCUGGUGAAGACUUCAUCACAACACAGCAUUUAGACUGUUUUUAAAGUUAGACACUAUUUAUAUAUGUAAAUCUUGAGAUGGAAGGAAUCUUUUUUUUUUGCUAAUGCCAAAAAUAACAAAGGGCCUGGACAAUGAUUAGAGUGCAGUUCGAGCACUUAAAAGGUCGUCUAGUGUCUUUCUUUGGACACUUAAAGCACGUUCUUUGAGACUUUCUUGCCCCGCCAUCCAGACAAAAAAAAAGAACAAUGCAGUCAAACCGCAGCCUGUCUUGAGCAGUUGUUCCACGGCGGACUUGAGUUUCAGCUGCUGCUAGUUUGCUCGAAUAUGUCACUGCAUGUUAGGGAUGAAGGUGUCUCCUGAUUCAGAAAAACAAUGUCUUAUUAUGUCUCCUGGUUUUGAAAACAAGUGUCUCUCAAUUGAAGCAUUUUGGAGGAGUUGGACAAAAACACAUACCGGUAUUUGGAAUUUUAGCUUAACUUUAGGAAUGCAGUGGACCCAUGGAGCUUGCAAGCUGUUCAGAUUUUCAGUUAGGGAUGGGCACUGGACUUUGAGGAAAAUGACCAUGCUCCAAUAAAUAUUGCUGCAUCAAUUCUACUUGACCGUAAAUACUUUCUGCAACUAUUUUUAAUAGGGAUGGGCAAGUACCAAUACCAGGUGUCGGUAUUCGGCGGAUAUUGGGUUAUUGUGAGAGUUGUCGAUACCAUCCACUGAUACUUAAGGCAAAAAAUAAAAAUAAA